AUGCCACAUUAUUCUUCCUUAUUUUUUGAAUCCAUCACUAAAAGAAAGUUGAGACUUGCUAUGACUCGACCGACGCCAAAUGCCCGAGGAGUCAAGACCUUUACGACUGGCACAGUCACGGUGAGACUUGACAUUUCAUCAUUACAUCGAAUCACACACGGUACCAUUUCAAACACGCUAGGUAUAGUCAUGGAUAACCAAGCCCCUGGUUCUUACUUCUUCAUGGACACUUAUUCGAGAAAAAGUUCCCCUAUUUCAACCCCAAUACUUAUACCAAAAUGGGCAUUUUACCUUCCAGCUGAACAUUUCACAUCAUUGACAUAUCACCAACUCAUCAGCUCUGAUACCGCCUUGAAGAAAUACAACAGGGCGUAUGAUACAACUUACGAGGUAUCGGUAUUGCCCGGUUCCUCAGAAUCAUCACGUAUUAUUCAAUCUGUUUUUGAUAUCCAAUUCUUGAUUCAAUGGUGCAGCACAAAAUAA